AAUGAAGAAAAACACAAAGAGAAAACCAAAAUAAAACACAGAUCUGCAUUUUUACCCCUCUUCUCUUCUCUGCAUAAAAGAGAGAAAGGAAACCUAAAACAAGUUGGAGAAGAGAGAGGGAAUCCAAUGGAAUCUGGUGUUGGUGCUGUUGGUAUUGAUGAAAAUCAAUCAUCAGGAGGAUUUUUUUCUGAGUGGAGUAAUGGAGUAUCAAUAAAAUAUCAAUAUUUAUUAGAUAAAUCAACACCACAUGUUUUGAGACGCUGGAUCGGAUUUGGUUUUGUUGCUGUCAUUUAUAUGAUUCGUGUGUAUUUUCUUCAAGGGUUUUAUAUAAUUUCUUAUGGACUUGGGAUUUAUAUUCUCAAUCUCUUGAUUGCAUUUUUAUCACCACAAGUUGAUCCAGAAAUUCAAGAUAUUACCGGUGAUGAUGGUCCAACACUUCCAACUAGAUGUUCUGAUGAAUUUCGUCCCUUUGUUCGUCGUCUCCCUGAAUUCAAAUUCUGGUAUUCGAUCACAAAAGCAUUCUGCAUUGCUUUUGUCAUGACAUUCUUCAGUGCAUUUGACGUGCCUGUGUUUUGGCCAAUACUUCUCUUUUACUGGCUGGUGCUCUUUUUCCUCACCAUGAAGAGACAAAUAUUGCACAUGAUCAAAUACAGAUAUGUUCCCAUUUCCCUGGGCAAGCAGCGGUACACGGGAAAGAAAGUAGUUACUGACGAUACGUCUUCUUAGAGAUUGAAACUUCAGGAGCAUUUGGGUACAAGAUAGGUGGAAAAGUUGUCUGGAAUCCAGUUACCACCCAUGUCAUUUAUUCAGAACUAUGGGCUAGUUAUGAGCCCCUUAACAACAAUUGCAGCAUGAUGGGUGACAAAUAGAUGGUUCCUUUACUUAAAAUAUCCUAUUAAUUUGUUGGUAUCUUUAGCUUUUCCCUUUCUUCUUCAUAUAGAGGGAUAUGUUACAAAGCCCAGUCAGUUGGAUACUGAUUUAGCAAAUUUGUUCCAUGCACAAUGAGCAUUUUAUAAUAGAAGGGAACCCUAGCCAGGGGAUUUUACGGUUUUGAUGUGGCAUGAGAUAUUGACAGUUUUCUC